GUGCUGAGCCUGAGGAGCAGGUCCGUCUGGUUUCUGGGUGCUCUAUUACACCAGCAAGACAGAGCCAGCCAGCCCCACCCAAUUCUGUUUCUCUGGCACCCUCCCCCUCAGAGCCACUCUCUCACACUUAACCCAUUUCUUUUCUCUUAUGCACCAAGCAGGACAACUGGGAUAGUUCACUUCCCAACUAGAAACACCUGCUGGCCCUGAAGAUUCCUCUUAGUAAAGCCAAUAGGAAGGAAGGCUACAAUGUUGACUUUAGCCCAAACUGUGCUGAUUUCAACUUUGUUUAUUUCACCACCCUUUGAGAGCCACGAGAUAGAAAAUCUAGAAAAGAGCACAACACAAAGCACUGCAGAAAACUGGAAAACCAAAGAACAUAAACUCAUUUUGGAAAGAGAAGCAAGAGCAAAUGUAGACAAUGAAAACAGAAACGUCUCCAUUUCCAAGGUAAUUGGUUUCCCUCCUUUGGACCCAUCUGAUGUAACAACUUCCACCAGAAAUUUAACAACAGACCACCUCCCCAAGGCUCCGAGACCCACAGCCACAAUUUCCACAAGCCCUCCCUUGGUUCAUGCCUUUGUUUCCAAAUUGCCUUUGAACUCAUCUCUGGCAGACAAAAAUCUGUUGCCAAUCUCCGCACACCCUAAUUCUACGUGGGCAAUAUCAUCAGAAAACUUCAGCUGGCCUCUGGACAAUGACACCAUGUACAUUCCUGACAAUAGCUCCACUGGUAUCAGCAUCCUCCCUCCACUGCCAACUACACAGUCUGUAACCCCCUUGACAAUGGAGCCAACUGGAUGGCAUACAACAGAUGAUGAGAGCUUUGCUGGCUUCACUCCCUAUCGAGAAAAAUCAACGGUACAGCCCACCUUAAAGUUCACCAAUAAUUCAAAACUCUUUCCAAGUACCUCAGACCCCAAGAAAGAGAACAAAAAUACUGGAGUGGUGUUCGGGGCCAUUUUGGGGGCUAUCCUGGGAGUUUCCUUGCUUAGUCUUGUUGGCUACUUGCUGUACGGAAAGAGGAAAACAGAUUCAUUUUCCCAUCGGCGACUGUAUGAUGACAGAAAUGAGCCAGUUCUGCGAUUAGACAACGCACCAGAACCGUAUGACGGGCGCUUUGGGAGCCCUAGUUACUAUAAUCCAUCUGUGAACGACUCCUCGAUGCCAGAAGGCAGAGAAAGCGCACGGGACGGCAUCCCCAUGGACGACAUUCCUCCCCUUCGCGCUGCGGUGUAAAACUAGCACAGGGGAAGCUUCCGACUGCAAGUGUCCCUCUGUGUUGGCCACUGAACAUACUCUCACCUCCCAAGAGCUUGUGCAAGGUCACUGUCACGCGGAUUGUGCAAAGGGAACUGUGCGUGCCGGACACUAGUAGCAGAAACAGAGAGGAUACGCCCUUCCCGAAGUUUCCCUGCUUACAGUAUUCAGCAGGGCUGAAGCGCCUAUUCCAGAGAUGCAGUUUGCACUGUGAUCUGCUUUUCUUUUAGUAGCAAAUGUUUGCAGAAUCAGAUAAAAGACAUCACCAUGAUAGCAAUGCCUGAUAAUUUAAUAAUAAAAAUCUUUCAACAAAAAUAGG